AAGAAGAAAAAAAAGACUGACUUUGGAAUCCAUAUCCGGUGCAAACGUCAAACAGAGGGCAGCACGAGGAGCCGAGGCUGUAGAGUUGGAUAGGCUCGUCUUCAGAAUCGAAAGCACAUCCAAGACUCGGAUUGAUUCUAUCAAGAAAACGAACGAGCUCGAUGUUGUAUGCACUUUCUGUCCCUAAAACUUGCAUCUCCUACCCAAGAAACCCUAUUUUUCAUCCAAGGCAUUUGGGUCCAACAAGGCUUCGUGUAUUGGCUUCAUUGCCAGAUCCUGAUGGGGUUAAAGUGGAGUAUACUCCCUGGUUAAUUGUUGGUUUAGGAAACCCUGGGAACAAGUAUCAUGGAACUCGGCACAAUGUUGGUUUUGAAAUGAUUGAUCAUCUUUCUCAAGCACAAGGAAUUCUGUUGAACACAAUACAGUCGAAGGCCUUGUUUGGAAUAGGUUCUAUUGGAGAGGUACCAAUUCUGUUGGCAAAACCUCAAGCUUACAUGAACUUCAGUGGAGAAUCGGUUGGACCACUUGCUGCAUAUUAUCAAGUGCCCUUGCGUCAUAUCCUAUUGGUUUAUGAUGAUAUGAGCCUACCAAAUGGUGUUUUGAGGCUUCAGCCAAAAGGAGGGCAUGGCCAUCACAACGGAGUGAAGAGUGUGAUGGACCAUUUGGAUGGUUGCCGUGAAUUUCCACGGUUAUGCAUAGGCAUUGGAAAUCCACCUGGUAAUAUGGAUAUGAAAGCUUAUCUUCUCCAGAAAUUCAGUUCGUUAGAACGGGAACUAGUGGAUGAAGCACUGCAACAAGGGGUUGAUGCAGUGAGGAAUCUGGUACUCCAUGGGUUCAACAGCAGUACCACUAGAUUUAAUCUGGAGCAGAAAUAUAAGUAUCACAAGGUUUGAUUAUCACUCCCAAAGUUUUCUAAAAGCAAGUAAAGAAGGCCAUAGAUGAGUUAUGUCAUCAUAUACUCUCCCAGGUGAGAGGCUCAUACAUAUGUUUCAAGUAAUGUUGAGAGUUCUUGUAAGACAAAGUACUAUUGAAUAUUGAUUGCUAUUGUAAUUUGUAUUUUAAUACCUUGUACCUUGUUUUAUUUCAUUAUUUUAACACAUUUUCUGUUUUUGGUGCCA